ACGAAGAAAAUAACUCAGGGUUCCGUUUCCGGGGCAGUUUAGUUGGCGGCUGAAAAGCGCCAAAUCAAAAGAUCCUGAGGAUGAAAACAGUGAAAAACUGCAGGGUUCAUGCCAUUAACAUUAACUGAUUUACUCACGCUUCGGGUUACCACCCCAGUGAAAGACUCGUUUAGUUUCCUAAAACAUGGAGGAACUCUUCAGCAAAGUAUUACACGUGAACGUGAGGUGCAGGGAUUGUGAAGAAAGGAAAGCAAAUAUUCGUGUCAGUAUCGAGCUUCAGAUGACAACAAGUCCAGGACACAAACGGGAUCUUCUAGUAAAACUAACAGAUGAUAUAGAUCCAUAUUUUCUCUUCAACCUCUCUAUGUCAGAAGAAGAUUUCCAAAGUUUGAAAGUCCAGCAGGGGUUGCUGAUAGAUUUUGCAUCAUUUCCUCAGAAGUUUAUUGACCUGCUUAAUCUAUGCUAUUCCGAGCAAGAGUCAGACAGUCCAAGGUUCCUCCUGCGCUUGUCUUGUCAGUCUCCAGUACUUGAAGGCCCUGUCAACUUCAGUGUUGUAGAGACAAAUGCAUUCAAACACCUGAAUCACUUGACUUUACAGCUAGUUCCAGGCUCUGACAAAGAGGUUAAGGACUAUCUGGCUGUGUGUCUCUCAUCUUUGAAGAUGGAAAAGCAGGCCAUAGAGAUGAAGCUUAAGAAGACUGAAGAGGAUCUGUCCAGGCAGCUGAUUUAUGCUCAACAGACUCUGUCUGAGAAGACCAAAGAACUGGACAAACUGCGCUCAGAGUGGACCAGUCAGACCAGCUCUCUGUCCAGCCGCCAUUCUCAGGAAUUACAAACAGAAAGAGAAAAAGCUCAAGAGUUACAGAGUAGGCUUCAGCAGCAAACUGAACAGCUUCGUCAGGAGCUAGAGAGUGCUCAUAAAAACAGCAGCCAGCAACUUCAUACCAGACUGGUGGAGCUUGAGGCCUCCUGCAAAGAGUUGACAGAGAAGAAGUACAAGAAUGAGUCUAUCAUGAGAGACCUGAAAAUCAAAGUAGUUGGUGCAGAGGAGGAAUGCCAGCGUUUGAAGCAGCAGGUCUUGUCUCUGAGGAGGGAGAACAGCACUCUGGAUGCAGAGGUCCAUGAGAAGGAGCGUUCGGUCAGCCAGCUGCAAAUGAAAGUGGCUGUUGUAGAACAGGAGAUCAAAGAUAAGGACCAGCUCAUGUGCCGCACCAAAGAGGUGCUAGAAGCCACUCAGGAGCAGAAGGAAUUAAUGGAAGAAAAUGCUGAAAGUAACCAACUUCAGAUUAGAAAGCUUGAAACAACUGUGAAAUCACUUUCUGAGGAGCUGAUAAAGGCUAAUGGUAUCAUUAAGAAGCUGCAGGGAGAGGUUCGAGGUCUAAUUGGAAAAAUAAAAGUAAAAAACACCGUGACAGUGUCACAGGAAAAGGUCCUCCAGGAGACAUCAGACAAACUUCAACAUGCUGAAAAGGAUCUACAGAACACUCAGCAGCAGCUUUUCAUUAAGGAUGUGGAGGUAUCAAAGCUGAAAGAGCAGUUGGAGACAAUGGUACAGAAGCUAAAUGAAAGCAGAGAGGUGCUAAAAACAAAUGAGAAUGUAAUAAGUUGGCUAAAUAAGCAGCUAAAUGAAAAGCAGCUCUCCAGAAAGUCACCUGAAUCUUUGGAGAAUCCUUCGGUUUCAUCCACAACAACAGGACUGAGGGCACAGUUUUAUCAACAGACAGUCAAAGCUGCCGUAUCUCCAGUGAUGGCUGCUGACGUCACUGCUGAGGUCACUCCUGCUGAACAGCAAACAGUACAGUCAGCCAAUAGACACAUUGGAGACCAUGUUGGUCUAGAUUCUAAGUACUUUGAGAGGAGAGAUGAUAGCAUCCCAGUCUACGGUCUGUCAUCUAAUUGGUUUCACAGAGAGCUUCCCCAGCGAACAAAGCCCGCUAUAGCAUCUGCUUACUUCUCUGCAUGAAGCAGAUUUAAUAAUCAGCAUAUAAAAUGCGCUAAUUUCAGCUCCAGGUGGAAGUAAAACCAACGCUCCCUAUCGACUUCAGCUCCUGUUCUGUGUAGGACCUGCUUUGUUAAACUUUCCAUUUUUGUGUUGGUCUUCAUGACUUGCUUCUAACUAAGGAUGACAGUGUAUACACAUCAUCAAAUUAAAAUUAUUUAGUUUUCCUAAUAGAGCAUAUUAAAUAUGCCACUAUUAAAUGUUUCUGUUGUUUCUGCUUCUGUACUGUUUCAGAAAUGAAGUAUAGUCUUUUAAUAAUAAACAGCAUUUCCAUACA